CCCGACGGCGCUUUCUCUGAGUGAAGUUGAGUGAACACGUUGAGAGCCCGCUCUCUGUUGGAUCCAUGUGGUUUUACCUGGACUCACAACAUUCUGUUUUCUGCGUCAAUGCGGGACCGUCAACCAUCGUUGGCAAAAUAAACACAUUUUGAUUGAGAAAGCUGUUAUGAUAGACAGUUGUAGAAAAGUGGUAACCAUUAGACGUUGAGUUGUUAGUACCUACUACCUGCGGAUGCAGUGCAGUGGAGUUCCUCUCUAAACGGGAAUCUGCAGAGGAUUAAAGAAGGAUUCAUCACAGAAGUGCACGAUGUUGAGAAUACGGACCGUCCUAUGGACUUUAUCUGUGGCGCUGUCCGUUGCCGCUGGAGCAGAUUUUAAAGCACAUAACUGCAGUGAGGUUAGACAAGCUUCUAUCGCAAAAGGCUUCAGUUUUGAAAAUGUUCCUCUGCAAGAAAUGUCAGGUGACCAUCUUCGUGUAUGUCCUCAAGAGAACACCUGUUGCACCUCCGAAAUGGAGGACAAGUUUGGCCAACAGAGCAAGCUGGAGUUGGAGAACCUGGUCGAUGAAACUAGUCAUGAAUUGCGAAGCACCUUUGUCUCCAGACAUAAAAAGUUUGAUGAGUUCUUCCUGGAGUUGUUGGAGAACACGGAGAGGUCUUUGAACGAGAUGUUCGUGCGGACCUACGGCAAGCCAUACAUGCAGAACUCGGAAGUGUUCCAGAACCUGUUUGCCGAGCUGAAGCGCUACUACACUGGAGGCAACGUUAACCUGGAGGAGAUGCUCAACGACUUCUGGUCGCGUCUGCUGGAGCGCAUGUUCACGCUGCUCAACUCCCAGUAUGUCAUCACCGAGGACUAUCUGGAGUGCAUCAGUAAGUACACGGACCAGCUCAAGCCCUUUGGAGACGUGCCCAAGAAGCUCAAGGCUCAGGUUACCAGGGCUUUCGUCGUGGCACGCACCUUCGUCCAGGGCCUCUCGGUCGGUAGAGAGGUGGCCAGCAGGGUGUCCAAGGUGAGCAGCACCCCAGCGUGUAACCGAGCGCUGACCAAGAUGAUAUACUGCCCAUACUGCCAAGCCAUGCCCUCAGUGAAGCCCUGCAACAACUACUGUCUGAACGUCAUGAAGGGCUGCCUCGCCAACCAGGCCGAUCUGGACCCAGAGUGGAACCAGUACAUCGAUGCCAUGUUGCUGGUGGCACAGAGGCUGGAGGGACCCUUCAACAUUGAGUCUGUCAUGGAGCCCAUUGAUGUGAAGAUUUCAGAGGCCAUCAUGAAUAUGCAAGAUAACAGUGUCCAGCUGUCCUACAAGGUUUUUCAAGGCUGCGGCCAGCCAAAGCCCUCAGGAAUGGGCGGCAGGUCUACCCGGGGCGUGUCGGAUGUGUUCAACGCCCGCUUCAGGCCCUACAGCCCAGAGGAGCGGCCCACCACUGCAGCUGGCACCAGCCUGGACAGACUGGUGAUUGACAUCAAGGAGAAACUGAAGCUGUUCAAGAAGUUCUGGUCCAACCUGCCUGAGGACGUCUGCCAGCCACACAGGGUGACAGCAGGGAAUGCCACCGAUGAUGACCAGUGUUGGAAUGGGCACACAAAGGGCAGGUAUUUCCCAGAGGUUCUGAAAGAUGGAUUGACGAAUCAGGUGAAUAACCCUGAGGUGGGCGUGGACAUCACCAGGCCGGACACGUUCAUUCGCCAGCAGAUCAUGGCUCUGAGAGUGAUGACAAACAAGUUAAAAAAUGCCUACAAUGGUAAUGAUAUCUACUUUCAAGACUCAAGCGAUGAGGGCAGUGGCUCAGGCAGUGGCAGUGGCUGCACGGAGGCCUGCGUCACUGAGUUUGACUUUUCCAGCACCGAGGCUCCGGUAGUGGGAGCAGACCGGAGCGGGAGUGGCCCGGUGGAGGAUUCAGCAGCAGCCACACACCCUGCCCCCUCAGCAGCCCUGCCAGCCAGCCUGGCCCUCUCAGCCCUGGCACUGCACAGGCUAUGGAGAUAAUGCUGAUGGAACUCACCCAACGUGGACAGUAGGGUCUCUGUUUACGCUGUGUUUUUCUACCCAAGCAGACUGGAUCUACAGUCAAGCAGACAGUAUUCAGGCAGCCUUGGCCUUUCGGAUAGAUAGAGGGGUCUACUCUGCUCUGGAAACAGCAGUCAUGCAUCCUGGUUCCCCUUUCCUCCUCCCAAAGCGUGUCUGGUUGUUGAUUCCAUCCUUAGGCAGGACUUCACAUGACUGCCGUCACUCCAAGAUAGAAACAGAUGCUCUCCUGUUAAAAAUUGUUCAAGAAGCUCUAAAUAAUUACUUUUGUCUGGCAUAAGGCAGAUGUUAUUAGGUCUCCAUGAGAAAAAGCCCUUGCACUUUUGGUCCUUUUUUAUUUAUUUUUUCAACGCUAUAGAAGGUUAUUAUGUUUUAUCACUGUGAGAAUGUGGAGAGGUUGCGCCUAGAGGUGACCAGGACUCACAACUAGAACAUGUUUACUAUGGUAUACUGUUUACUGUUAUACCAUAUUAUACUAUGAGGUGAUCUCAGUUGGCAGGUAUUUUACUUGUUGACAGGUCAGAAGUGCAUUUCUUCAUUCAUAUAACAAACCUCAGACGACCCCAAAAUCAUAUAAAAACGUUGAAACAGUACGGCGGUCACAAUAAUUGUUGAUGUCUACCAUGGUUCCUCUCCUUCAAAUAUUAUUGAUUACAUCUACAUUGACAGUAAAUGAUACAGAUGAAACAUGUUUGUUGUUAAUGUUAAUCAGGUAAAGUAAGAUAUUGUAUUACCAGUGUUGGGGAAGCUAAUCUGAAAAUAUAGUUUACCAAGCUACCAAUUACUUCAAAC